UUUUGGAACUUUUUUUUUAUGUCUUUAUUUUUUAUUGUUUUUGUUUUGUGAUAUUUGUUACAUUGUGGAAUUAUCGUAUGCUUACCGUAUUUUUUUGAUAUAUAUUUUUUCAGGCCACUGGUUCAGAACCUCAGCCCAGUGCACCAUCUUCAUCAGGCGUUCGGGGUGCCGAGUACACUGAUUUAGUGGCGAGGUUGGAUAGGAUCGAGGCUGACACUCAGGGUCUGUAUGCUGCUCAUGUCGAGCUGAAGAAGGCAUACGAGACCAGCCAUGUAGAGCUGAAGGGUGGUCAGAACGUAAUUAUGGAGCAGCUCAGAGACAUAUUGGCCAUGUUGAAUCAUCCGCCAACGACAGCUUCAGCACCGGAGGCCCCAGCAGAUCCAUCUACCCCACCACCAGCUGCCUCACCCCCAGUAGAAGAGGAUGAGGUCUUCCCCGACGAUUACGAUCCUUAUGAGGGAGCUCCAGCAACUCCGAUCGAGGCACAACCUCUUAUCCAUGUACAUGACACCGAGUCGCAGGGUGAGAUUCUGUCGAUAGAGGCACAACCUGCAGUGGUUAAGAGUCGGAAGAGGAAGACAAAGCCUCGUGUAUGGUUCGGUGACUAUACGGAGAUGAAGAGGAGACAUAGGCCAUCUUCGACUUUUGAUCCCCUGGAGCCACCGGAUGAGAAAUUGUUAACCACUUUCCGAAAGUGGUGUGUUGGACUCAUUCCGAACCACCGACUUCGGGAUUUGAGAAGUGGUGAUUACGGUCCAGGAUUCUUUUGGAUAAUGCUCACACCAAAGGAAUGGCUUACAGAUGACCAUAUAGAUGCAGCAAUGCAUAUGCUGAGGAGGCGACGCACCGACUAUCCACUGACAUUUCCUCAGAAGGGUGUCAUUCUCUCCACAUUCGUGACCGCCAUGAUCAGCAGUGCAUGGACGAGCCACAAGGGUCCGAGGAAAAACUUUGUGUGGGAGGAUUAUAUCCUGGACUACUGCAGAGGGGUUCAUAAGUCCCAAGUCUUUGAGAGAUGGAGGGGUAACGAGUUUAUUUACUUCGUUCUGAACCUUCCCGAGGCAAGGCACUGGGUCACAGUUGAAGUCGAAAUAGAGCUGUGGAAAAUUAAUGUCUACGACUGUGAUUCCAGCGUCUGUCAUUGGACCGUCUUGGAACCCAUCCUGAAGCUUUGGGGAGAACUGCUGCCCUCGCUAAUCCUUGCCACCGGGGAAUUUCCACAUAACAACCAGAUCAUGGCGUUAGCUAACUGUGACAUCACGGUGCUUCCAAAAAUGCACCCGACUCGAGCCACUCACGACUUAGUUCCGAAGUCAACAACCAGGUACAUAGCGAUAAAAAAGUACUAUAGUAUUAAAAUAUGUUUUACGUUAGACUGACUUUACAUUUUAUUUUGCAUUUAGUGGUGAUUGUGGCGUCUAUUGCAUUGAGUAUGUGGAGCAUCUCAUGAUGCAGCGUGGAUUGACCGAUGUGACGCCAGACCGGAUAGCUAUGUUUCGUCAACGGUGGUGUGUUGAUUUAUUUUACCAAAAUGUCGGCUGAUUAUAUGUGUAAUUAUUGGGACAUUGUAUAUUUUGUGUAAUUAACAUUACAGUUAUGUAUAUAUAGAUUUUCUUUUCGUUCAAAUUUUGAUAAUUAUUCGUGGUUUCAAAUA